GGCGAAAAUCUGCCUCUUUCGUGUUUCGCUCUCCGCACUUGCGCGGGCAGCAGCGUUUCGCAGCGCCAGAUGUAACACCAGAGCCCCAACAACCAGGGGAUGCUUUCGCACAAGCUCGCUUGCUCGCUCGCUCGCUCACUCGGCAGCGUCCGGAACCCCGCACCGCAUGUUGGCCGGCACGGCCACGUCGAUCUUUUUCGGGUACGACAGGUUCAGGUUCUUCAUAAUCUCCACAAAUUCCUCCCUGGACUUSUCCCUUCCGAGCCGGGGAUUUUUCUCCCUCUCCGCCCCGAUCGUGGAGUGGGUCCGGCCCUUGUAGUCGUGGGCCGGGUAGACCACCGUUUCGUCCCCCAGCGAAAAGAGCUGGUCGUGGACCGACCCGUAGAGGGUGUYRGRGCASCCCCCCUGAAAGUCGGUCCGGCCGCACCCCUGCACCAGGAGGGCGUCCCCCGUCAGGACAAAGGAGCCGUCGUCCGCCACAAGGGAGACGCACCCCUCCGUGUGGCCGGGGGUCGCCAGCACGCCCACCCAGCGGUUCCCAAAGGAAAUGCGGUCGCCGUGGGAGAUYUUGGCGUCGGCCARRGCCCCCGAGGCCUCCGAGAUGACGCUCUUCAGGCCCCUUACGCGCUGCUUCAGCAGGCCCGUUCCCGUCACGUGGUCGGCGUGGGCGUGGGUGUUGGCGGCCCAGACCAGGUUCAGGCCGAGGRCUUCUGCCUCGGAGAGGUCCCGGUCGACUUUCACGUCGACGGGAUCGACGAGGAUCGCGUCCUUGGUGGAAAGGUCCCAGAGCAGGUACGUGUAGGUGCAYGAGUCCUCCUCGAAGAGCUGCUUCAGUCCCAUCGGCCCGGCGGGUUUUGCCUUUAGGAUCCUUCCYCCCAGGUGCUGUUGCUGUUGGCUCGCCAUGGUUGUAGUGGAUGCGGUGGUGGAGGACGUGAGCAAGCGGUGUGGGUACAGGUGGUGGCUGGAAGUGUUGGUGUUAGUGUUGGUGGUGUUCUUGCCGCUGCUGCUGCUGCUGCGUUUGGGUGCAAGCUGUGUUAAGGGCGUUUUGGAAGUUGCUGGUGGUGGUGGUGGGAUUGUGUGGGAAAACUGGUGGAAUAGCAACGAACCGCUUCGUCUCAACGCCGGUGCCGUUUUCGAAGCAUGCAUUCUUUUUGUGCGGUGGUGCUCGGGUUGGCCAUCCGGCUCAGGGCGUUCAGUUCGUCUUCUCUCUCCUAAAACACGGCUCUCUCGGGAAACAGAAACACAAACAGAAAUCACGAAGGAAAAACGGGGCUGAUUGCCUUUCAUUCAUUCGUUUCGGUUCUCAUUCCGUACCGUAAGCAUCGACCCGUAGCGUACUCGUAGCGCGCCUGCCACUGGAUCGAAGUUUUUGAGGCGUAUUUUUUAUAGAAAGUG